CCAAUGAACAUAGGGCUUUUGUUGGAGUAAAAAUGCGCUAAAAAGCUGCUCUAUUGGCGAGAUUUAGUUCAUAAUAAAUAACGAAUGAUUCAAUAUUGAGGGGAGACAUUUGGUUUUGGUGAAUCUUAGGUUGACCGGUAGCUCUCUCGCGUUCCUGUUGUUCUAGGAUGUGUCUAGAGUCGACACAGUUUUUGUGAUUUGAGUUGUGGGAAACACGCAUCGAGACUCUGGGAGUACGUUUCAUUGGACCGCUAGCUACCGGAGCGGUCAGUCUUUAUCUGGACACACUGGACUUAGGAGAGUGGUCAGUGUAAGGUUAUGUCUUUCCCCCAACUUUCAACAUUAAGCUUUGCAUCCAGCUCGGGUUCCCCACUGACAAGUACACAGAUGACUACGACCACGCCCGCCGCCCCCACCCCCCGGGCAUGUUGUGAAAAUGGUCGGCCGAUCAUGACUGACCCCCACACGGGUCAGACUAUAUGUUCCUGUCAGUAUGGCUCUGCCCUCCUAAACUACCCCCGAGUCCCGGGGCUGGCAGAGAGCGUGUACAGCGCCUCUGCCUACGCUGCUGCAGUGUCACAGGGGUACGUGUCACUCGGAGCCGAAGGAUCAGCCUUCUAUUCACCCCUCACUGGCACCCCGUAUGACUUGAAAGACACGUCAGAGGCAUGGCGAACUGCUUUAGCACAGCCAGGGUUUCCUUACGACCCAACAAUGGCGGUGUACCCUUACGGACCAGGAUACGGCGGCUUAGAUUUAAACGCAAGGAGGAAGAACGCAACUCGGGAAAAUACGAACACUCUGAAAGCAUGGUUAUACGAACACAGAAAAAACCCAUACCCAACAAAAGGUGAAAAGAUUAUGUUAGCCAUCAUUACCAAAAUGACUCUCACACAAGUUUCCACGUGGUUUGCUAAUGCCCGGAGAAGGUUAAAAAAAGAAAACAAGAUGACCUGGUCCCCACGGAACCGAUCCGAGGACGGAACGGACAGUCUGGACGGGAACGGUGAUGGUGAUUCAGACGCUGGGAAGGACGACCACAACGAUUCAACGUCAAACGCCGGAAAUAUAGACGAUCUCGACAACAUCGACUGCAACGACAGGUCCUUGCUAUCGCCAGAUAUUUCCUCAGACAGGGAUGAAGGGAAGGAGGGGAUCAUCAACGUUGAAGAUGAGGAUUCGAACCACAGCUUCAGGGAGGAACUGUUGCAUAGGAAUGCUGUGUUGGACGCGAAACUUGCAGCUGUGAACAGUGAAAGACUCCUUCGGGAGCGAGCAGAGGACAGUGGCGACGAAACAUCGGACAGUAAAUCUGACAUCCCUCAUCCUCCAACCACCCAGGGGGAGGAGAGUCGGUCAUCCUCGGGAGGUGUGUCUCAUCCCGUGUGUGGGAAUCAACCCCCGACCCCCAGACCCAAAAUUUGGUCAAUAUCUGAAGUGCUGCAGUCAACGACAUCUUCUAGUGCAACGAACACUUCACGACCAGCAACCAUCUCAACCCAAGCCCGACCCAACUCGGGAUACCUAUACCUCCCCACAUCCAGUCCCUCCUGGGCCGCAGGGCGGUAUCCGGGGGUAGCGCACCACCCACUAUCACUCGCCCAUACUACCUUGUCGUACCCCUACUCGUUGAGCACCCACACGGCAGCCAAACCCUCUUUAGCCUCAGCCGCCGCCCAGGUCCGAAGUCUGGAAGCACUGAGGGAGGGGGAGAAGGCGUUAAGGCCUAACGGACUCUUCUCACCUGCAAGAGACAUUGAUGGCAUCAGACCUUCAGCAGUGGCCUCAAGCAGAUUGGUAGAGUCAAAUAUCUAGGAUGUGUUUUGUGUAUAUAGAGGAACAAUUAUUUCUGCAAAAAUGGACUCUUUGGCGAAACACCUGUUUUCUAUUGGAAAUCCAUCUACUGUGAUCUCAGUGACGCACAAGCAUAUCUAAGACUUGUGCGAUGACGGGUUCGGCGUAUGGACACACACCCUGCAAACAUAGACAGAUGUGGACGGCUCACUUCAUAGACAACUUUAAACAAUGCCGCUACAAGAAUUAGUCCUUCUGAGACAGGUGAUUCCACUCCGGAACUUAUCGGAGCUGAUUCGGAGUGAUCCAAACAGAUUAGAGCCCUAUCGCUACAGAUUAUGACCUUUGGUCAAACAGAUACCAGACCGACUGAACGCUCUCGUGGUCAAAGCUCGUGCACUCAACUGAGAUGUACAUACUGGCCUUAUCAGGCGCGUGGGACAGGUAUUUGCUGCAAGACACGCCCGGGAUCAAAUCCAACGGGUGUGGAAAGGAUUGACUUGGGGAGGGACGGGCGCUCUAGCCGUGUGAACACUGGCGCUGAAAACCUAACACGGCUCUGUGUGCAGUCUCAAGAAGACGAAGGUAUUGUUCCCGCACGGAUUGAUGGCUGAUGUUCCGACUUUGUUCAGCAGUGCCUCUUAGCCAGGGCUUUCAGUGCCAGACACCACAUCCGGCGAGCUUGUCAUAUAUGUACAAUAUACUGGUUGUAGCCAGUGGUCAAGCGGAAGCUGGACACUGUGACAGCUUGUGAUCUACAGUGUCUGAUUCGUGUAGUCCCAACGUGCUCGGGACGAGUCUCAAGUGCUAUAAGACGUUGUCACAGUCGAUCUGUCCCACAGUUGCAUCAACAUCCAUCCAGACCUUCUCCAGAGUGCUAACGUCCUAAACACCCAUUAUUCCCCUAAAUGACACUCGAUACAAUUCUAUCUCCAUUGUAUUAUUAAACCCAAUGAAAUACGCUGUAUUGGCCUCAGGACAUUUUUGUGGCCAUACUCCUCAUGCCCGGCAACCCAAAGAAAACCCCUUUUGUCCCAAAUCCCCUUUCCAAAAGCCCCACAAACUGACUCCUAAGGGAGCGAACCCGUAUGUUAAGUGAUGCCUCUGACAGAAGGAAGCACUAGUUUAUGGCAUGGAAUCGUUAGAAAUCCCUCAUUGUGAUGUACAUUUAUUUGUAAUUUUAAGCCAUCAGUGUUUUAUUCUGGGGAAUACAUCAUCAUUGAUCGUA